CCUGAUCGGACCGACAUAUAGUACCAUAUUUGGUAACAAUAGGGUGCCGUCAGUGUCGAAUUCUUCAUAUCUACUUGGAAUGUCGCACGCAUCCACAGCACCUCGCCAGAACUAGCUUAGCAUCCCGACGAAAUUUGUUGCCACCCCCGAGAAAAUAAAUAUAGAAGUUAAUGCCAAAGUUUACGGUCCAUAACUCAGUGCAGAUCCAGUAGCCCAACCAGUAGAGAGCGUUCCAGUAGGGUUCGUUAGGAUCGGGUUGGCGGACCGUCGACUCGUAAAUGCGUUUCGGACAUGAGCAGAGGAGUCGCGACCAACUCAUUCUCGACGCUGUGUACGAUCAUCGCGCGGUGACAGAUAAAGACGCAUAAUGGCAGUCUCAACGAAGACCUUCCGAAUCAUUAGUCUGAUUGUGGGCGUGAUUUGCAUGACGUACGGCGGAUCUGGCUUUCUGUUCAGCGUCUACACGAAUGCUGUCAGGAAGAAAUACAAUUACACGCAAUUGGAGGUGGGGGUGAUGUCUGGUACUGCCAAUUUCGGAGCCGUAUCGAUCUUCCUUCCGGGUAUCUCCGUUGAAAAGCUUGGCGUCAGGCCCACGGCAGUAUUCACCAUCCUGUUAUCAUUAUCCGGCUACUUGUUGUUAUGGAGUGCAACGAAGAUGGUGGCAUUCUAUAAAUUUCAUUCCUGGCUUCAAGAUAUAUAUUUUUUCCUGGCAUAUCUCAGUGGUGUAUAUAGUUACGUUAUCGCCUUGGUCCCAAAUGUGGCAAACUUCCAGCCCAAGUACCGAGGCACGAUCGUUGGUCUUCUCGACGCUACGUUUAGCGCAGGAACGAGUAUCUUCGUCGCCAUCUACGGAAAAUGCUUCGUGAACUCUAACACCGACGAUGAAGAAAAUCAAGACAUUGGAGAUUUCUUCUUGACUCUUGCAAUACUUGGUGCUGUGACUAGCAGCUUGGGCUUCUGGUUUCUUGGCUACUACAAGGUGGAGGAUAUCUCACAAGAUUAUGUCGAUCUCGACGGCAAGGAAACGCCAGCGGAAGAAUUAAUUGCCAAAGAACCGGUUGCGGAUAUAACAACAUCGAAAACACUUUUGGUAGAUCAGCUUACUUGGUGUGACCUUAUCAAGGACGUCGACCUCCAGUUGCUAUUUUGGAUGUUUUUAUUGAUCAUUCCAGUAGUUGGAAUGUAUUUACAGAACGUCAGCGUUUAUCUGAAAUCAUUCCGAUUUCAAGAAUACAGUACUCUCUUCAACAUCUUGCUCCCAGUGUUUGCUGUUGUAGGAAAGUUUUUCGGCGGGGUGAUAUCAGAUUUAUUAGUCCACAUUAUCCCACGUACGGGUAUCUUACUUGUCAACCACUUGCUGUUACUCCUGAUGGUGUCCACUUGUAUUUUCCUGGCAGACAAUUACUAUGUCCUUCUCAUCACUACAGUGGUUGUUGGGCUAAAUUUCGGUUCAAUUAACACUCUAACGCCAACUCUCUUUGUGGACUACUUUGGACUAAAGUAUUUCCCCCGAACUUGGGGCGCAUGCGCUACACUGGGUGGUGUCGUGGCGCUUCUGUUACAGGGUUUGUUUGGUGUAUUAUACGACGCAGCCGCAACUAACCCGGGUGAGAAAUUUUGCUAUGGCACAAAGUGCUUCGAGUGGAGUUUUUUCGUGGCAGCCAUUUUGGUUUUAGGUGGCGUGAUUUGUAACGUCUGCUUGAUCAAAAGCCGAAGCAGAUAACGGAUUAACAGGGAAUGACAAAUUCCAUUGUGAAAUUCGAGGAAAUCUUAAUCAUCUAUGUUCGAAUGAAACCGCGCAAGGAAUCCUUCUGCUUACCGUACAUUUUAUAGCAUCAUGAUGUGAUGAUAACAAUUAUUCACACAAGAAGGAAACAUGUGUAGAGGACGGGUAGUUGGAGUAGAUGACAUUUACUUGUCACUGGCCUUUUGCUGUUGUUCCUUGUGUAUCCAUGAUAUGGUUAGGAGAUUUCCGCUUCGAAUCAUGGCCGCCAAUAACUAUCCAAGGUCAUUUUAGCAUCGUAGCCGAGUAUUAACGUUAGCUCAUGGCUCAAAUCCAUAAGUCGUUUUUUCUCUUCACGAAAAGUGCACCUUUUUGUGAAUGUUCUGAGAAGCAUA